CGGUCACCCAACCACACCAUCUUUAGCUGUGCUUUCUUUAUUUUUUUUCCAUCCCCCCUCUCUCUCCCUCCCUCCCUCUCUCGGCCGAGCACUCGCUGUUCUCUGGGGCCGGAAACGCAGCGCGAGAGGGAUCAGCCCUUAUCAGCUCCGAGCUGCACCGAGAAGAAAGUUCUUAGAAGUCGCUCGCGUACGGCGUCAUGCACAGGGCUGGUGACACCGCGGUGGCUCCGGCAGCCCCGGGCCCGCUGGUGACAGUGAUUGCAGCUGUGCUGUGCUGCAAUCACUGUCACUGGGCUGCCGUGAGGCGCCGCGCUGGCGCCGGGGCUUUAUCCCGAAGGAAUUUGAUUUUUCUGCCACCUUUGGAACCUGACCGUGCCCCGUGCAAAGUCCCGUGUGGAGAAUGUGAAAGGAUCUCUCAUCCUGGCCCCUUUCCCACACGAGGUGUUGUGACGUCCAGCAUGACCCUGAGCUGGGUUUUAUCACCACCCCAACCGCAGCGCUGGGGUCGGCUUCUCUGGAAACGGGGAAAUUCCAGGAAAAGGGAGUUCGGCGAAGCCCCCCGUGUCUCUCGGCGUGGAGAGCGCAGCUGGAGCGUGAAGGGAGAAGGAAAUGAUGCAGCACAGAGAUACGGUGCCCGAAAAACCAGGCUGGCUUCGGAGAAGUGCCUACCGCAGGCACGGUGCCCCCGCUGCCGGGGCGCCGCACCUGACCGCAAGAUGCCCUGCUCGAUGCGGCCGGUACCGGGAAAGGGAGUUCUCACUGCAGACUGCUCAACUGAAGACCUCCUGACAGCAGCAAGCACCAUCCUGGGCUCUGCUCUGGGUUUGGGGAACCGGAGCCUGGAGGUUCCCCGACUGUCAAACAGGAACCCGGGAGGUGAUUCCCGCUGCUGUGCGAGCUCAACAUCCCCCACCCCCCUCACCACCUCCCAAAAAACCCCUCUCUGCCCGCCCCAAAUCCCCGCCAGCAUCCUCCACCCGCCACACAAAGGAGUUUCCAGGACGCCGUGUCUCCGAGCAUCCCGCGGGCCGUGGUAAGGGACAGAGCUGUCCCCGAGGGGACCGUGCCCAGCGGUGACAAGAGGCCCCGUUGUGCCGGCCUGAAGCGCUGGCUCGGGGGAGGCCGCGCACAAAGAUCGCUCUGUUCCCGCUGCGGCGGCUGCGAGCGCCGGCGAACGGCCACGGGAGAAAACACAGCCCCGAGCCCACCGCCCCCCGAGCCCCCA